AUGGCGUCUGAGCUCUCUGCUAAUGUAUUCGUUGCGCCUCCAACUCUCAUGAAAGCACCGGACGGCCAAAAUGCCGGAACAUGGCCCCCUAUUGCCUGUACACUUGUCAUCGGGCCUAGGUCUGCCAUACUCAUCAACACACCUUUCACGAUAGCCAACACGAUUGCAUUGGCAGACUGGGCGCCUGAAAUACUCGGUCAAAAGAUGCUGGUCGCUAUAUAUGUUUCUCAUGGGCUUGGUGAUUUCUUUUCCGGGCUACCUACCCUUCGCAAGCGAUUUCCAGAUGUCAAGACAUAUUGUACCCAAACAACCUUGAAGGCGAUGAAAGCUAGUGUUGAACCUCAAGCUUUCAAGGCUUUCUCUUCACAAUUUCCAGGACAGAUCGAUGACCAGCCAUCACCAGAGAACGUCGCUGAGGCUAUUCCCACGAGCAAUGAACUGGAUCUAGACGGCUAUAAGUUAAAAGCAAUUCAUGUCGGCCAAGCAGCAGUGGCAGACUCAACAAUAAUAUGGCAAAACAAGGACUACAUUGAGACCUUCAGUUCUCUCAUUGAAACGGGCAAGGUCAAGACAGCAGCCGAGCUUACUACGGCUAUGACGAGCAAGUAUCCCGAUCGAUUCAACAUCGAUGCAUUGAUUUACAGCUCCCAGAUUGUCUUCAGGGAGGUGACCUUGCCAGAAGAUUUGUCCUAG